ACCUCCAUCUUACUUUUGUCUCACCUUCGCACCCUGGAACUCGUCACACGAUUCACAGCAUCUCAACGUCACGCCAUCGUCGCUUUGGUCUCGAAGGGCUAGCGCAUGUCGCGGGCUUAUAAUAAUUGUCCUCAUUUCCAGGAACUCGGACGAUCUCGUCUACACUCCAGAAUCUUCGCCAUCAGAGACAGGCGGACAGGAUCGAGCCUCUGAUAUGUCAACUCUUUUGACCAAUGUCGCCAUGGAGUCGACCUCAGGCGCUUUGAUGGAUAAGGAAGAUUCAAACUCUUCAAUAGACGCUUCAAAUCCUACGACUACAAUUCCUGAGCAAAGUAAACAAUCGCUCAAGAAUCCCGGCGGUUCAAAAGAGUGUCUCGGGAAAAGCCAUAAAAAGUCCAAACCGAAGCACAAGAGUUUGAGUGCUCGUAAGGACAAAAAGAAAGGCAAAAAGGUCAAAAGCCGCGUCCUGAGCUCCGAAAGCGACAGUAGCGACAGCGACUCGAGCGAUUCUUCGUCGGAUAGCGAUUCUUCUUCCUCAGAGGAUGAUCGCAAGAAGAAAAAGGCCUCUCGCAAAGCCAAGAAUUCGCGCAAACUCAAGGAUUCGUCUCAGAGCGAAGAAAGCGAGGCGGUCGAGGCAACCGAGACAACCGAUGGGAUGGACGCCAUAGAAACCCAGCUGACGGAUAUCGCCAUGAAAGUUUCUGAGAUGAUGAAGAAGUCAUUGCGUCGAUCAUCAACAUCCUCGAGUUCGUCAGCCACAAAAGGUUCCCGACGCAAGGGCUCCUCGGAACACUCCAAGAAAUCCAGCCACAAAGCCGACGGCCUCAAAUACAAGCGCGUCGAUCAGAUUUGGGAUUCGACGAUCCACAAUUUCGCGUUGAAAGAAAGUGCUGAGGACGAUGACGGCGAGUUCGCAGAAUUCGCUUUUCUCGUGCGGCGAGUAUUCGAUUAUAAGAAUCAAUACACUGAAACCGUCAUCGACAUCAAGGCGAAACAACUGCGGCUUGCAUUGCAGGAGGUCCUAAAAGAAUGCAAAAGCAUCAGCCUUGAAACAGAAGAACCUAGCGUUGAUCCGAAUGUCCUCUUCCUAUACCUAGAAGAUCUCCGCAAGUAUUACAAGAAAACUCUCAAGGCCAAGAUCAAACGGGAGAAGAAGAAGAAGAUCAUCAAACGACUCGAACAGCAAAGAGCGCUCGUCAAGUCAUUGGUCGGCUUUAUUGACGAGGACUACGAAAAGGUCAAGAAGACUUUGUUUCCUCUACUGGCGGCUGGCAACAUCACCUACGAUCUUCUCUGGGCUCUCUUCAGGCCAAACGACAUUGCCAUCACUUCGACUUAUGGUCAUUGGGACGAACCUCGCUGCUUUAAAAUCGACUUUGCUACCAAGCUUUCAUCUAUGAUGAAAGGAAAUUGGUACUGCAUAGAAGGCAAGUAUUUGGAAUACGAUGGCAAGAACUUUGGUUACGGCGAUUUCCAGAUUGAUGUAGAGAGCUUCAAAGGACCUCGUAAGAUCACAAGUCUCGCGACGUAUCCUCUGAAAUACCACAAGGAUCCAGAAGGUGUCCAAAAGAAAAUCAUCGAGCGAGGUGAGAAAUUCGUGGCAAUGUCCGGUAUGCACUACAAAUUUCACAAGGGCCUUGCCUUCAUGAAGAAGAAGAAGCAGGUGCUCAAGAUCAACAUCAACAGCCGGGUGAUGGUUGACCCCGCAACCUUCCGUCGGAUCAAUGCCAAUUAUCCCAUCUCAUUUAUCCAACCGAAAGAGGAAGAGGAGCUCUAUUCAGAUAGCGAGAGUGAGUGUGGAUGUGGUGAGGAUAGUGAUGAUGAAAGUGCACAGAGCGACCACGGACUGGAGGAGCUCGAUGGCGAUGAGGACGCUGCUGCGGCGCGCAAGUACAAGUACAAAUGGACCACAGACAAGGACGGCGAAGAGCAUUACGUCGCUGUCGAAGUAGAUGAAAAUGGCGAACCUGUCCUUAACCAGGACGUGGAAUUGCUGGCCGGACAGUCCGACGGUCAGAAGCCUCAAUUCAGUAAGGAGCAGCUACUGCUUACCUCCUCAGUCGUGCUGGGUUUCGCCUUCGCAGAGAAAUAUUGGCUGGAAUUUACCCUCUCCGGCAUCCAUGAGAUCACUUACAACGAUAAAGCGUUCGAGUCGCUGGUACUUCCGCCUGACCAGAAGAAGACGAUUCAUGCUCUGGUCAACAGCCACAAGUUUCACGGUACCAAGACCAUCGACGAUGUUGUCCAGGGCAAAGGCAAAGGUCUGGUGGCUGUGCUUCACGGUCCUCCUGGAACCGGCAAGACUCUCACUGCAGAAGGUAUUUCAGAGCUGUUGCGCUGCCCACUCUACAUGGUUUCGGCUGGCGAGCUCGGCACAGAUCCUGCACGACUGGAGGCAGAAUUGCAGAAGAUCCUGGACAUUGCACACACGUGGGGCGCGGUGCUACUCCUCGACGAAGCCGAUGUCUUCCUCGAACGGCGUCAAGUCCACGACAUCCAUCGCAAUGCUCUUGUCAGUAUUUUCUUGCGCCUCUUGGAGUAUUUCCAGGGCAUCUUAUUCCUUACAACGAAUCGUGUGGAGACCUUCGAUGAUGCAUUCCAGAGUCGUAUUCACGUGGCACUGAAAUACGGUCAGUUGACAGCCAAGGCCCGGAAGACUGUUUGGAAAAUGUUCAUCGACAUCGUGCGCACGACCGGCGAUAGCGGAGACGGGACGCAAAAGGUUGCAGAAAUCUCGGACGAGCAGUACGAGAUGCUGUCACGCAAACAAUUAAACGGCCGCCAGAUCAAGAAUUCCGUCCGCACCGCACAAGCGCUCGCGCUCAACGAAAACGCUAUCAUGACACUCGAGCACAUUCAUCGCGUUUUGGACGUUGCUGAAAGCUUCGAGCGGGAUCUUAAGGGCGGCUCAGGAUACACCGAAGCCAUGCGAAGCUACACCUGAGCGACAGGCAUGUGGGCUACAGGAAAGCAUACUUCAAAGAGAGUGCUUUGGGUAAAUCUCUUCGAUUGUAUAUUCGGAAAGCUGUGUACUUAUCAAAUUGGGC